UGGAAAAAAUAAGCAAUAGACACCAUCUGCCAUAAAUCACAUAGUGGGCGAGAUUAACCAGAAUGAUUAUCGGAAUUUUAUUGAUUUAACAGAAAAGAGCGACUUCAAAGUGAGAUGCAUCUCCUAAAAUACGAAUGAUGGCCAAUCUCUUUUAUCAAGGACCUUGUGGCUAAAAGGAAGAUAAAAACUAUCUGUUGAGCCAGUAUGGAACUUUGUCAAAGAUAUACCAGAGCUGGUAGACUAUUUUCCUGAUAUGGGGCAGGAAGAGACUACAGGUGCAAAAACCUCCUCAAGAAGUCAAGGAAAGCAAGAGGGUCUAAAGCUGUCUACAGUCAAAAUGAGAUGGCUUGUUCUAUAAAAAGGAGGAAGAAGUGUAGCUUAUCUUCUUAAAAAGUCCUAAUCUUCUAAAGUUUGAGGAAAGAAGUCUCAGGAGCAUUAUUCAAAGCUAGAGCUUUUACAACAGCAUUAUACCAUUUCGAGAAGAGUUGAAGAAAGAAAGGAGUCUGCUCUCAGACAUGAAGAUCAAGUAAACACGCAAAUGAACAGCAGUGGCUCGAGGCCACAAUGAAUUACAAUAAGGUACAUGAGAAAAUUCCCAGAAUUAACUCCAGAAGACUCCAAAAAACUAUUCGAAAUUCCAAAAUCCCUAGAGACCACUCCGAUCUGUAGUAUCCUUAACUUGAUUCAAUAAAAAUUUCGAACAUU